AGAAGCAACUUGUAAUGGAGGCUUCCCCUCUUGAGUUACCAGCUGACACAGUACAACGCAUUGCAUCAGAACUUCGAUGUCACCCGACAGAUGAGAGGGUCGCCCUCCGCCUUGAUGAGGAAGAUGAGCUGAGGAACUUCAAGGAGCAUUUUCAUAUCCCCAAAAUGCAGGAUCUACCUGUAGUUGAUUUAUCUUUAGUGAAUAAGGAUGAAAAUGCCAUCUAUUUCUUGGGAAAUUCUCUUGGCCUUCAACCAAAAAUGGUUAAAACAUAUCUGGAAGAAGAACUAGAUAAGUGGGCCAAAAUGGGAGCCUAUGGUCAUGACCUAGGAAAACGUCCCUGGAUUACAGGAGAUGAGACUAUUGUAGGCCUUAUGAAUGACAUUGUAGGGGCCAAUGAGAAAGAAAUAGCCCUAAUGAAUGGUUUGACUGUUAAUUUACAUCUUCUACUGUUAUCCUUUUUUAAGCCUACACCAAAACGGUAUAAAAUUCUUCUGGAAGCCAAAGCCUUCCCUUCAGAUCAUUAUGCUAUUGAGUCACAGCUUCAACUUCAUGGACUUAACAUUGAGAAAAGUAUGCGGAUUGUAAAGCCAAGAGAGGGGGAAGAAACAUUGAGAAUAGAGGAUAUCCUUGAAGUAAUUGAGAAGGAAGGAGACUCGAUUGCAGUGAUCCUGUUCAGUGGGCUGCAUUUUUACACUGGACAGGUCUUUAAUAUACCUGCCAUCACAAGAGCCGGACAAGCAAAGGGUUGUUUUGUUGGCUUUGAUCUAGCACAUGCAGUUGGAAAUGUUGAACUCCACUUACAUGACUGGGGAGUUGAUUUUGCCUGCUGGUGUUCCUAUAAGUAUUUAAACUCAGGAGCAGGAGGUCUUGCUGGUGCCUUUGUCCAUGAAAAGCAUGCCCAUACAAUUAAACCUGCGUUAGUGGGAUGGUUUGGCCAUGAACUCAGCACCCGAUUUAAGAUGGAUAACAAACUGCAGUUAAUCCCUGGGGUCAGUGGAUUUCGAAUUUCAAACCCUCCCAUUUUGUUGGUCUGUUCCUUACACGCUAGUUUAGAGAUCUUUAAGCAGGCAACUAUGAAAGCAUUGAGGAGAAAAUCUAUUUUGCUCACCGGUUAUCUGGAAUAUUUGAUCAAGCAUUACUAUAACAAAGAUAAAGCGGAUACCAAGAAACUGUUUGUGAACAUAAUUACUCCAUCCGGCAUAGAGGAUCGUGGCUGCCAGCUUACACUAACAUUUUCUGUUCCAAUAAAAUAUGUUUUCCAAGAACUAGAAAAACGAGGAGUGGUUUGUGACAAGCGAGAACCAAAUGGCAUCCGAGUGGCUCCAGUUCCUCUCUACAACUCUUUUCAUGAUGUUCAUAAGUUCAUCAGUCUACUUGCUUCUGCACUUGACUCUGCAGAAAUCAAAAAUAACAGUGUUUUCUAGAACAACUUAAACAAGUGUUACUGAAAGCUUCUAUGGUUAUUAUUAUUUUCAAAUUUUAAUAAUUGGAAGUCUUUCAAAACAGAUUAUAUAUACCUGGCAAUGAAUUAUAUACUUUACAG